UCUUAUGCCUUAGUGACCGACACCUCGAGCAGGGACAACUCAUCACACAAGUACGACAACGUCGACCCGUUCAUCAAAACCGAUCUCCGCAACCACACCAUUCUUGAUCCGUCCAACGCAACGGCGGAAAAUUUGUCGACUUGCGCGCCCGGUGCUCCACUUGUGGUCAGCUUAGUCUCCCAGCAAGCGCACACCCGCCUCAAGGAGCAAGAUCUGCUAAAUGCCACUCGUGCCGCCGGGGUUAGAAACCUGCCCAGCCUUUAUCUUGCGGAGGACCUGUGGUUGCUGAACGAGGGCUUGCAUGGACUGUUUUGUGAAGAGGGACUGGUGAACUACGAGAGGCGGGUCCUGUGCGCGCUCGUCUACACCAAGUAUGAGCCUCUGGGGGUGCUCUUCUCGCGUUCGUCGAGAUAUCUUGGCGAGAUGGUCUAUCAGAUGCUGAACUGCCUCCAUGACCUGCGCUAUGAAGCGCUGAUCCUGCAUCGGGAUGUCAGCUUCAACAAUAUCAUGGUGGUCAGAGACGAGCCAGACGGCAAGCCGCUGUUCAUCCUCAACGACUUCGACCUGGCCACUCGCAAGACAGCAGACGGAAAGCCAGACGGAGGCCCGCCAUCGAAGCAUCGCACCGGCACGCUCCCGUUCAUGUCGUAUGAGCUCCUGCACGACAUGUGGUUGGCCUAUGAGGUCGUGCGCAAACCGUCCGGAGACAGUCCCUUGGUUCCGGCGCGCCAUCAUCUGCGGUUCGACUACGAAUCGCUCCUGUACGUUGCCCUGUGGUGUGCCUUCAAGUGCGAGAAGCCGCGGUCUACCGAGGCCAAGGACGCGGUCAACAUCCAAGUGGGGCACUGGGAGUGUGGGACAUACCACAACAUGUUCCUGCGUAAACGCGCGUUGCUGGCGAGCAUCACGGGCCCGAGUUCCAUAAGAGAGAUACCGCUCUCCCCGCUCUUCGAACUGUGGCUCCCGUUCUUCGAGGCGUGGACGGACACCGUCCAGCCGGCCGACCGCCUGUUGCAGAGGGCAAACUACCGAGACGACCCGGCACCACAGGACUCUGCUACCGGGGGACACAGGACUGUAGAUUGGUACUGGAGCCGCGACAGAAUACUCGCUGCACUGCGUGAAGCAGAGCCGGUCCCUCUGCCGUCGUGACAGCAUAUACACUAUCCGCAGGGUUAUAUACUUAAUGUCUAAUUAUAUAAUGCACGCAUUUU